AUGGGGAAACCAAAGAAAACACAUAUGCUUGCAACUAAGAGGGUGUUGAGGUACGUCAAAGGCACUACAAACUUUGGCAUAUUAUUUCCAAUUGGAAGGCGCAAUGCUGAUGGAGGAAACUUGGAACUUGUUGGGUUCACGGAUUCAGACCAUGGUGGUGAUUGUGUUGAGAGGAAGAGCACAUCAGAUUAUAUGUUUAUGCUAAAUGGAUCUCCCAUUUCGUGGUGCUCCAAGAAGCAGCCAAUGGUGGCUCUGUCCAGUUGUGAAGCGGAGUAUAUAGCGGGUAGCUAUGUAGCAUGUCAGGGGGUAUGGCUGGAGGAAGUAUUGAGGGAGUUGAUGAUUCUUAUGAAAGCACCUUUGCAGCUGAAGAUAGAUAAUGCGUUUGCAACCAAUCACUCCAAAAACCCGUAA